UCGGCUCCAAGACAUCUCUGUAGGAGUUCCUCAGAGUGGAUCCCAGGACCCAAGCAUCUGUCCAGUUUGACCAAUGACCACCCCCCUCCCCCGCCAUCAUAAGGCCUGGAGUACGGAUGUGCACCAAUGAUUGCACAAUGUUCAGUACUACUGGUGACUACUUGGGUACUAAAGCAGACCAUGUUCCCACCCAUGCCCUGGCUCCCCUUCCAUUCCACCUUCUGAGCCUCCCUUACAGUCACCAUCUGGAUUCAUUCCUCCCAUGGACCAACCAGGUUGUACCUACCACCAGUGUUCAUCUAUCACAACCAUUCUGCCUCCACCCCUCCCCCUCUCUUUAUCUGCAGCUCCCGCUACCUCCACACCCAGUCCUAAAGAAGCGUAACACUGGAAAUGACGACUGCUCCUUUCCUCCAGAUGCUGCCAGACUUGUUGUGUUCUUCCAGCAUUCUGCUUGUCUACCUUCAAACGCAACAAGCUGACAAGUGGCAAGAAAUAUCAGUGCCUCACAAAUGCCAGGCAAUGACUGUCUCCAAUAAUGGACAUUUACUAUCAACCCUUGACAUUCAAUGGUGCCACUGUUACUGAAUCCCACACAAUCAGCAUCCUGGGGAUUACCAUUGACCAGAAACUCAACUCAACUCCCACUAUAAAUACAAGGUCUACAGGAGCAGACCAGAGGAAGCUUCUUCAGAUUCUGUUCCAGAAGUGGAGUACAGAUCUUAUCCAUUACAGAUUGUCGUAUGAAUUCCCUGGUUGCUUAUGAGUCUUCAGAUUCAGAAACAGAUGAUGACAAAAGAGAAGUCAUUUCUCUUCAGAGAGAAAAUGAUCCUGUUCACUCUAAAUUUCAAUCUGCAUUUCCAACUACUUCAGAAUGGGAAUCAUCUAGAUGUGAAUUAGAGUUAAAAGUUGCAUCUUCUGGAAGUGCGCAUACGGAAUACAAACGGCACAAUACACCGAAUUGUACAAAGACAUAUAUCUGUGUAACUCCAAAAUCCCCAGAGAUGCUUUUAAAUGAUGAGACAUAUUUUCAGUUUCCUAAAAAGGACCAUAAUAAUCCAGCGAAUCUGAUGUGGAAAUCUGAUGGAAUUCCUGCAAAAAUGGUCCCCUCAGCUCGGAAGAGAGGAUUUCAAACCUCAGUGGCAGCUGCUCAAAAUAUUAAACCUUACAUACCCAAAAGAUUAAGGCAAAAAGAUGUACCUUCUAAAAGCAAUUAUUUCAAAGACAGCACAAAAGUUUUGACCUCUGAGAUAAACUGUACUGCAACGGAAGAGCAACAGUUAAAUCUGUUGAACAGAAUUUCAGAUUUCAUUAAGCCUUACUUGGAAAACCAAUACCAAGCUACAAAUAUCCCAAAACGUGUGGUCUUUCAGAUCUCUGAGCACAAAGGACCAGUAACUACGAUACAUUGGUGUCCCAUGCAGCAACACAGCCAUUUACUGCUCUCUGCUUCCAUGGAUAAGUCUGUAAAGAUAUGGGAUGCUGUUGAAACAGGAAGAUGCCUGAUGACUUACCAGUGCCAUUCUGGAGCAGUUCGUGAUGUUCAGUGGUCGUCCUGUGGAAGACGUGUCCUCAGUGGUGGAUUUGAUUCUAUGCUUCAUUUGACAGAUAUUGAAACAGCUAAACAAAUCAUCAGUGUUCAUAAUGAAUGUCAAGUCACUUGUUUAGCUUUCAAUCCUGAGAACCAAAAUAUCUUCUUGAGUGGAGGAUUCAGCUCAACAGUGAGAGCAUGGGAUACAAGAAAUUGUAAGGUGGUGAAUGAAUACAGUGCUGGAAUACAGCAAACACUUGACAUUCUUUUUCUUCCGGGUGGAAGAGAAUUUCUUACCAGCACAGAUGCUGUAAGCAGAGACUCAGCAGAUCGUACAAUCAUUGCCUGGGAUUUCAAGACUUCUGCAAAGAUAUCUAAUCAAAUAUUCCACGAAAGAUAUACCAUCCCGUGCCUGGCUGUUCAUCCCAAAGAACCUGUCUUUGCUGCGCAAACCAAUGGCAACUAUAUGGUGUUAUUUUCUACCCAGCGACCAUACAGGAUGAACAAAAGGAAACGCUAUGAAGGCCAUAAGGUAGAAGGAUAUGGCGUGGGCUGUGAAUUUUCACCUGAUGGGACUAUAAUUGCCACAGGAAGUGCUGAUGGGACACUGUUCUUUUAUAACUACCUGAAUUCAAAACUAAUUCAAACCUUGCCAGCCCACAAGGAGGCCUGCAUUGAUGUUUCAUUUCACCCUGUGCACCCAUCUAUUAUUGCAACUUGUGACUGGGGUGGAGAAAUCAAAGUAUGGCAGUGAUGACCUGUAAAUUGCAGCUGAAUUUGAGGAGCAAUUAUGCAUUAUCAUUCAUUACAAGCUUGUUAUGUUCAAUCUCAGAUAUGAGUAUCAGACAAUGUUCAAGUCUCUGCACUAGGCCAGUAUAUCCAGACUUUUGCAGUGUAAGGAAAGUUAGACAUUUAAAAUAUCUUCAUUGUUCUUUACUCAUAAAUUGUGGCCAUGCUGUGGAGCAUCACUCCCAUUUAGUGACCAUUUAAUGUUUCAAAAAAGCACUGAAGAAGGGAAUCAAUCCAACAGCUCUCAGGUUACAAUACUAAGCAAGUUGUCUGAAUUGUGUACAUUUGGUUUAGUUGUGAAUCCUAUGAUUGUAUUAAUAACAUCAAAAGAAUGAUACCGCAUGUAUUUAUAACAGUCAAUGUACAAUCAUCCCGUUUCCAGCAUUAAUACUGUUAUCAUUAAUGUAAACUCAACAAUUUAUCAGGUUCCAAUAGGAUAUUGUUGCAAAAUGUUCAAAGUUUUGGAAAUAGUUUACAUUGAUUGCCACCAUAUCACCUGCAAUACUUGUGAAUCUGUAUUUGUGCUACUUUUGCACAACAAUCUCAGGAAAUGCUAACCAAAACACUCGAACUAACCUGUGAUUAACCAAAUGGAAGAGUCAGAAAGGUCAAUCACAUCCCUGUUGGGCUGAUCUGCAACUGAAGGUAACCAGAUUCAAUUACUGUUAUGUGAAAUGUUUAACAAUUGAUUGUUGAAGCUGACUAUAUAAAAUAAAAUUGAAUAAAUUAUUAAUUAUUUGACUUAAAUUAAGGAAAUAACUUAAAUACUUCCAUUCUUUCUUUGUUGUUUUGGUGUAUUAGGCAAAUGAGGUACAGCUUUUUUCUUUCACAACCAUUUAAUUACUCCAUCCUUGAAUUAACUUCUACAAUUUGCAUACAUUGUUUUGCAUUAUGGAAUGUAUUUUGAGAUAAUAUCUUAUUGGACCCUGAUAAAUGGUGGGAUGAGUUAAAGAUCUGUGUUGGUUUCAUUCAAGUAUUUAAAAAUAAUACUGCCUAUAAAUGGAAAAGCCGUCUGACUUAUUGCUUUCAAUAAGUUUAAAAUAACGAUUUAAUGUAGUAUGAGAAUCCUACAAAUUGGCAUAAAUUCUGUAAAAGAUGUAUGGAAGUGAUAGGGAGGUAUAAAGUUAACUGGUAGUAUUUUAGUAUGCCAACGCAGACACAGUCGACAAAACCUGUUUCUUUUGUGCUAUCAAAUGUUGAUUUCAUGAUGUUUUGAAACUUCAAUCUAAAUAUUUGAAAGGAAAAUGGUAAAGCAACUUCAUGUGUAUAAAAUGGUGGUAAAAAUAAAGUCUUUAUUCAAAAACAUUCCAU